UUAAAAUUAAAUCUCACAUCCGCCUGACCGCCUCCCUCCUUCUCCAUUCGAAAAACAAUGGGCAAAAAGAAACACAAGGAACCAGACACCUCCACAGCCCAGAACCACACGGCUUCUGCUCUUUCCGAUGUCUUCCAAACCCUAUUCAGCGGCGCCGAUCAAACCGCCUCUACCUCCUCCCUUUUCUCUGAUAGCAACCCUUUCAAAAGAAAACCCGAAGACCCAAAAUCCAACGAAAACCCUAGCACCGAUGUCGACACCCAAAAACCCAACUUCUAUGAAACUACAGAGAAACUAAAAAAGGUGAAAACUGAAAAUCCCAAUUUGGGUUUUGAGCCAAAAGAAGAGGAAACGUUAAGGAGGAGAAAGAAGAGAAAAAGAGACGAUCUUGAGAGAGAAUAUGAGGCUAAAAAGUAUGGUCCAGUGGUAGAUAAUGAGGAAAAUGCGAGUGUUGUUGUUGGGGCUAAGAGGAAAAACACUGAUGAUGCUGCGGAUGUGCUGGUUUCAAAGGAGAGUGAAGGGUUUGAUGAUGAGAGCAAGUUGUUGAGGACUGUGUUUGUUGGGAAUUUGCCUUUGAAGGUGAAGAAGAAGACACUUAUUAAGGAAUUUAGUAAGUUUGGGGACGUUGAGUCUGUGAGGAUCCGGUCCGUGCCAAUUGCUGAAUCCAAGAUACCGAGGAAGGGAGCUAUUUUGUUGAAGAAAUUUAAUGAUAAUGUUGACAGUGUUCAUGCAUAUGUUGUUUUCAAGAAUGAGCAAUCGGCAGAGGCAUCUCUCUCCCAUAAUAUGGCUGUGGUUGGAGGCAAUCACAUUCGUGUAGAUAGGGCAUGCCCACCUCGCAAGAAGUUAAAGGGGUCAGAUGCUCCCCUUUAUGAUAACAAGAGGACAGUUUUUGUUGGUAACCUCCCCUUUGAUGUGAAGGAUGAAGAACUUUAUCAGCUUUUCACUGGUAUUAAAGAUCUUGCAUCCAGUAUUGAAGCUGUUCGAGUAAUUAGAGAUCCUCAUGUAGGUCUGGGAAAGGGCAUCGCCUAUGUGCUGUUUAAAACAAGGGAAGCUGCGAAUUUGGUGAUCAAGAAACGGAAUUUGAAGCUUCGUGAUAGAGAGCUGAGACUAUCUCAUGCCAGACAGGAUUCUACCCCCUCCAAGAGAAAGAACUCAUUUGCUGAAGAGACAGCUAAUUCACCAAACAAGAGGUUGGCACCAGAUUCAAGGGCUCCUUACCAUAACAACAGGCCAGAUAGGAAGGCUGCCAAAUCCUACCAGGGCUUGCGUGCUAGCAAAUCUGGUGUGGAGAAGAAAGUCCAUGCUCCUGCACAUUCAAAGCGAGAUGUAGCACCUAAGAUGAAAUCUAAGCCACGAGAAGAAAAGCAUCAGGGGAAAAGACCCGCUGUUGCUAAAAGAAAGGCAAAAGCUACAGCACUCAAGGAUGGUGGUGCUUUAGAACCAGCCAGGCAAAAACGCAAGCUCGAUAGCCGGACCCCAGACAGUUCCAACAGAAAGAAAAAGGCCAGGAAAUUUAGGUAGGAAAACGAGGAGAUAUAAAUGCCUGUGUUGUGAACAAUCCCAAAAGACAGCAAGACACCAUCUCUUGCAAAUAGGGAUAUUUUCAUUCCUUGUUCUAAUUUACUUCAUAAAUCCAUGUACAAGUAUAUUUAUCAGCAGUGUAUCUGUGACUAGAAUGUAUUUUUUGUGCACCAUUUAUUUCUUCGUGGGAUUUCUUGAA